AUGGCAGAAACUGAUACUGCAUCUACUACUGGCGUCAAUCUCCGCUCAGAUGUGCGGCGUAGAAAUGUUCCAAGUUCAGAGAGUGCCAGCCGGGUGCUCACGCCCUAUACACAGCAUGACGAUGAGAAGAAAUCAAAGCCUGAGUUCAAUCCAUUCCUAUCUACACUUGCCGCUUGGGAACCUAUCAUUGCGCCAAUUAUUCUGACAGCCUUCUCCAUCUUCACCCGAUUGUAUCGCAUCGGCCGCUCAAAUAUUGUGACAUGGGAUGAAGCCCAUUUUGGCAAGUUUGGUUCUCAUUACCUCAAGCGCGAAUUCUACUUUGACGUUCACCCACCACUGGGAAAGAUGUUGGUUGGCUUAUCAGGCUACCUUGCUGGGUAUAAUGGAUCUUUUGAAUUCAAGUCCGGUGAAACAUAUCCAGACCACGUCAAUUAUACUUUCAUGCGUGUAUUCAAUGCUGCUUUUGGCAUUGUGUGCGUACCUCUUGCAUACUAUACCGCGCGAGAACUUAAUUUCCGCACGGCCACUGUUUGGCUUAUUAGCCUGAUGGUGUUGUUUGAAAACUCAUAUGCAACAAUUUCGCGAUUCAUAUUACUUGAUUCUAUGCUACUUUGUUUUACAUUCACCACUGUGAUGUGCUGGGCUAAGUUUCAUCAGUUACAGCAUGUCAGCUUUUCAGCUGAAUGGUUUGUUUGGCUUUCAUUGACUGGGGUAAGCAUUGGGUGUGUCUGUAGUGUGAAGUGGGUUGGCCUCUUCUGCACUGCAGUUGUAGGUCUUUAUACAAUUGAGGACUUAUGGAAUAAGUUUGGUGAUCUAAAGGUUUCAGAGACUACACUUGCUAAGCAUUUUCUAGCUCGCGUGGUUGGUCUCAUUGCGAUUCCAGCGCUAGUUUACAUAUUUUCCUUCUAUCUUCAUUUUUCUAUCUUGGAAAACAGUGGCCCCGGGGACGCACAGAUGAGCUCCCUUUUCCAGGCAAACUUGAAGGGUACAGAGGUCGGUAAAGACAGUCCUCUUGAAAUAGCACUUGGGUCAAGAGUAACUUUAAAGAACAUGGGAUACGGCGGCGGACUGCUUCAUUCGCAUAUCCAAACAUUUCCUGAAGGAUCUAAUCAGCAGCAAGUUACUUGUUACCACCAUAAAGAUGCAAACAACGACUGGUUUAUCUACCCUAAUCGCCAUGAAGCCGAGUUUGAUCCUGAUACUCCUUUGAGAUUCGUGGGGGAUGGUGAUACAAUUCGUUUCAUCCAUGGGCAAACAGGACGGAACCUGCAUUCCCAUGCUAUUCCUGCCCCAGUUACCAAAUCUCAAUACGAAGUGUCUUCCUAUGGCAAUAUCACUAUUGGGGAUGACAAAGACCAUUGGGUGGUCGAAGUGAUCAACGAUGUUGCGUCCAAGGACCGGACAAGAAUUAGGACUCUGACAACGGCCUUCCGGCUCCGGCAUCCUGUUUUGGGUUGCUAUCUCAGGGCCGGAAAUGUCAACCUCCCUCAGUGGGGUUUCAAGCAGAUUGAAACAACUUGCGUGAAGGAGAAUAGGCCAGGCGACGUUUACACACACUGGAAUAUUGAGUCCCACACCAAUGAUCGACUUCCGCCUGGUGAUCCCGGAUCAUACAAGUCACCUUUUUUGAAAGACUUUAUCCAUUUGAAUGUUGCCAUGAUGACAUCAAAUAAUGCUCUUGUUCCCGACCCAGAUAAACAGGAUGACCUUGCCUCGAAGUUCUGGCAAUGGCCGGUACUCAAUGUCGGCUUGCGCAUGUGUUCCUGGGAUGACAACACCGUGAAAUAUUACCUCCUUGGGAACCCUUUUGUUUACUGGGGAAGUACUGCAAGUUUAGGUGUCUUUGGGCUCCUGGUAUCCUGGUAUUUGGUACGAUGGCAGCGAGGCUACAAGGAGCUGAGCCAAAUGGAAAUUGACCAUAUUCACUAUUCCGGCUUAUACCCUGUCAUAGGAUGGAUUUUACAUUAUGUCCCAUUCAUUGCUAUGGCAAGAGUGACAUAUGUGCAUCAUUACUAUCCGGCUCUUUACUACGCCAUACUCACUUUUGGUUUCUGCGUUGACUGGCUUACCCAAAGAGUGAGCGUCAAACUUAAAUGGGUGAUAUAUACAUCCCUGUACAUGAUCAUCACUGCAAUGUUCGUUUAUUUCCGAGCAAUUGUGUUUGGUAUUGAAGGUCCUAGCCAGCAGUGGUCUCAUUUAAAUUGGCUGAGUGGCUGGAGAAUUGCCAACUAA